AACAAGAGUGUUAAAAGUUUGAAUCGAUUACAGAUCGGUAGCGGUACACAUACAAGGUAUAGUUGUCGAGUCUGUCAACGUCAUCUUACGAAUGUAUAAAUUAUAAAUCAACUGUUCGAUCCUUUGGUAUAUUUACUUUUUACCAAAGAUCUUAGCUGACUGCACGAGAAAAGAAUCCUCGUUCGAAAAUGUUAACGAAUUCGCAGCCUUCGCAAGAUGUCGCAAUCUUACAUCUUUCCACUUUGCCAAGCUGGUUUCCAGUGACGAAAUACUAGGCUCUUUUUCGUAAGCAAUUUUGUGGUCGAAUGAUUACGUAACGCUAUCUAUUCGUAUUCGCAGAAGGUCAAUGACCGGCUACGAGAACGGUACCGAACCGAUACGAACCUAUCCGAUCGAUUAGGGCCUCUCGGAGAUCGAGAAAGGUCGGUUACCUUUCGAAAGUCCACGCAUCAGUUUUCAGAGCAUUGUGCACGAAAAACAAACUAUUACUUGUAUGAUACAUAAAAAAGAAAGAAAAUAAGAGCACUGCAGUCGACUGGAGACUAUAGAGUGUUAGACUCGAUUGAUUCGAGCGUAAAGUAAUGAAAAUGUACAGUCAGGGAUCGUUGGUUCGGCACUUUGAUCAAAUUGCACCGUUUCCUUUGUAUACACGUACUUUUGAUAGUUUGAUUAAAAAUGAAAAGCAAGUCAGCUAGUGUCAUAGGAUAGUAGGAUGGACAGUAAAAGGUUAAGUAAGAUUCCCUUCUGCUACGAGUCGAACGCGAAAUAUUCAUCGAGGCUUUCUUCCUCUCGACACACGAGUUGCGAAAGCGACCCAUUUGCGACAUUUCGGUAUCGCGGUCCUUCAACGUCCGACAAUGACCGAUUUCGCUCGAGAUCGAUCCGCAUCGCACACUUGCAGCCUCGACCAACUGAAAAGUUAUGGACGAAAAUUCAGAUCGAGGAAGGAUCGUGGACCGAGCAUCGCGAUCGGUUAGGGUUGCGCAGAACCGCACAAGAGUUGGAGUGGCCAAGCAGGAGGAAGAGGAAUUUAGUGCAAAUCGGAAGGAAGGGACGGAUCUGACGUGACGGUGUGGCGUGUAUCAGAGAUCGGAGGAAGGGCAGAGGAUAGUUGGCAGAUCAGAGACGAGAGACGAGAGACGAGAGACGAGAGACGAGAGCCGAGAGAGGAGAUAGGCCAGGGCAGGCGACAAACAAUAGACGACGCAUAACCCGGUGCUCUCGAUGGGGUCGUAGUUGCGCGUAUUUGUAAUGUAUCUGACGAUGAUAGGCCAGCACGGCAGGAAGAGAUCGUCGUAGGGGGAUUGCCAUAGCUAAUCGUACCACCCAAGGUGGCACAGAUUGAGAGCUCCAUCAGCACACAUCCUCUUCUGCCCGGGCAAAUACCAACCAGCGUCAAGCCGGGCCACAUAACGAUCGAGGGAGGAUCAUCUGCGAAUAGGCGGAGGCCAGCACGGUGGACGAUCAGCAGAUCAGCGGAACCAGCGGGAUCAGCAGGAUCAGGCACCGUCGAUCGAACCUCUCGACUUCUCCUCGUUUCGCGCAGCCCUCCCUUUCCCAUCAGGGGCGCGACACGUACCAGCCGCUUCCGGCUAAUCGGAAGUGACGCUCUAUGCGAACGGCUGACCACCGUCUUUCCUCGUGAUACCAACACCACGUAAUCGCAGAGCCCACGCACGACACAGCCAUCAUGGAAGUCGCCACUGAACUGUCGCCACUAUCAGGGAGCGAUACACAAAGCAAAAUCACGAAACGAACGUCGUAUUACCCCCAGGAUCCGAACAAGAGGCCAAAGACCAGGCAGGAGAAGGUGCGAGCUUGUCUGAGGCACAACUCUCUGACUAUCCUGACCGUGAGCGGUGUGGUCGGUGGCGUCAUCCUCGGUAUCAUUCUGAGGAAUACGCGGACGCUGGGAUGGACGCCUCGCGAGAUCAUGUACAUCAAUUACAUCGGAGAUUUGUUUCUGAGAAUGCUCAAGAGCUUGAUCCUGCCCCUGAUCAUAUCCAGUUUAGUCUCUGCCAUUGGCUCUCUGGACCUCUCCCUCAGCGGCAGGAUCGGAGCUCGAGCUAUCGUCUAUUACAUGGUAACCACCGUCAGUGCCGUUGUACUAGGUAUUAUUCUGGUAAUCACCAUCCAACCGGGUGUAGGAAACAACCCACACGUCAAAACGAAAGCACCUACGCAGAAUGUUUCCACCGUCGACACGUUGAUGGACUUGGUUAGGAACAUGUUUCCUCCGAAUCUGGUGGAAGCCUGUAUCUCUCAACACAGAACCGAGAUGCAGAAACCAGAAAAUCUUACGUUAGCCGGCAAUCCAGACUACUGGGAGCCAAAACAGAACAGUGUCUCUGGAACCAACAUCAUGGGCCUGGUCGUUUUCGCGACAGCGCUAGGCAUCACUCUAGGCAAAAUGGAAGAACAGGGAAAGCCGCUGCUUUUCUUCUUCGAGUCCCUAUCAGGCGCUAUGAUGUUGAUAACUCAAUGGGUCAUUUGGCUGUCGCCAGUGGGUGUGCUCUUUCUGGUGGCCGCCAAGAUCACCGAGAUGCAGUCCCUGGACGAAGUCGUCGCACAGCUUGGAAUGUACUUUCUGACCGUCUUGUUUGGCCUUUGCAUACACGGUUUUCUAAUUUUGCCCAUGUUGUACUUUAUCAUAACGAAGAGAAAUCCGUACCUGUACAUAUCCAACAUGGCACAGGCGUUGGUAACCGCGUUCGGUACGUCCUCGAGUUCGGCCACACUUCCGAUCGCUAUAAAUUGCUUAGAAGAGGGAAACAACGUCGAUCCUCGGAUCACCAGAUUCGUCUUACCGAUAGGUGCUACCAUUAACAUGGAUGGCACCGCUUUGUACGAAGCCGUGGCUGCGAUUUUCAUCGCCCAAGUACGCCAAGUUAGCCUCAGCUUUGGUCAGCUGGUAGCAGUCAGCAUCACAGCAACUGCUGCAAGUAUCGGAGCAGCUGGAAUCCCGCAAGCAGGUCUGGUCACGAUGGUAAUGGUUCUGGAUACGGUUCGUCUCCCAGCUGACGAUGUUUUCCUGGUGAUCGCUGUCGACUGGUUGCUAGAUCGGUGCAGGACAACGGUGAACGUGGUAGGCGAUUCACUCGGUGCAGGAAUCGUGAAUUAUUUGAGUAGAAACGAGCUGGCUUCGUUGCCUCAUAACGGACAAACUCAAAACGGAGCAGACCAUCACACUACAACGUCUAUAUGAGAUUAGUAUCCGUAUCGAGCAUAACAAAUAACAAUCUCUUUGUUCUUUAACACUUUGCUCGUCAACUACUCGCACAUUCCCAUCAAAUUUCGACAGAUUAGGACAACUCGAUAGCCUCAGAUACGAUAGUACCAUGAAAUUAUCAACAUUUUUCUAUACAGGGACAAUCGAUAUUUCAUUUUUCCAUUGCGUAAAUAUCCCACAAUUUUUCCACGUUAUUCUUUGUAUAGAAGAGUUGGCAGUGUUUUAUAUUUUAUUAUUACCUGUAAAACACUACCUGUUUUAUAAUCAUUUUCGUUUGAUUAAACUACUAAAUUAUCCAAUAAUUCGAUCAUGUUUUAAUGGUCGUUUCCAUUAAGUUGCUGGUUGUGUUGCGUGAUAUGACCAACCAGUCAAAUUUUAAUGGAAAGAAUCAACAGUUGAUUCGAUUGUAUUUUCAAUUUAGAACAUGGGAACACGCAAACGAAAGCAACCGAGUUACGAUCGAAACAACUCGUCGAGUAUACGAAUCACGUGGCAUACCAUACAUACCAUACAUACAUAUACACUUUGACUCGGUUGGAAAGUGUUAUUUUUCCAUCGAGUCCUUUUUCGCUCACCUUACACCAUUAUUUAAUACAUUCGAAUCGUUGGGUUGUUCGGCUAAACGAAAUCGCGACCAACCUCCGAUUCAUUUAUUGUCGUUACGUACAUAUGUACAAUUCUACACGUACGUGCAAGUGUUGAUACAGAUUAGCAGAUUACCAGUGCGAUCAUGCCUCCUACAUUUUUUCUGAUAAUGCUCAUUUUCAAUAUUCGAAAUGGGGAACAAAGGCGCAACCUAUACGUACUAUAUACAUAGUAUAUAAUUGACCAGUCAAAGCAAAAAUGGAAAGACAGAUCGAAUAUUGACAAAUUUCACAUUUAUUUCAAAGAGAGAAAAAAUCAUAUUUCAAAAAUCAUCUAUCUCAAAGGCAUUUUUUAAUUGAUAUUUUUCUUACAUCUUAUCAGACAAUUCAAUUGUUAUUUUAAUUAAUACUGAUUUUGUAGUAAACGAAUAGCCGAGAUGUAUAAAAUCCAAGUGUAUACAGUGGUUGUAGAGACAGUUUUAGUCACUAUCUAUGUAUAUCGAAUUACGAUAUGCAUCUCCUUAAUCUUUGUCUUCCAUUGCUGUAUAAUCUAUGACGAUAUAAUCUAUCGAUAAUCCGAAAAUUUGGAUGUAAAGCAUCGCGUAGUUGUUAAUUCCUAAAAUCUUGACAAACAAAAAUAUAAAGCUAUUACGAAUCUGUUCAGUUCUUUUUUCUUUUUUUCUUGCUUUUUUUUUACCCCUCUUUAGAACGGUCCAUAUGCAUACAAAAUAACGCGGAAAAAGUGCAGAAAAGACAAGUUAUUUCGUUACUUUGCCAACUACAUAGUAACGUCUGUAGAAAGCCAGUAACAAGAAUAUUAAUAGUAUAUGUACGAUUUGCAAAUAUACAUAUGUAUAUUUAAGGUAUUCGUUACCGGACUAGACAAAAAGUGUUCAACUAUCGACUAAACGGUAAAGAAAUGUAUUUUAUCAUGUCUUUCUAAACUAAUGAAAAUUCAGCGAAUUUUCUGUAUAUUUUUCAACUGGAAUACAAAGCCUACCCAAACUAUGCACGCAAUUCUAUUCUCCGUGUACUUGAAUUCAAUGUUAAUGUUAAACACGACAUAAUAUUGGCCACGUUCGUUUUCAUUUCAAUGUUUCCAUAUUUACUAAACGUGACACAGCUCGAAGAAUAAAUGAUCUAUGUAACUCUAUCUACGAAAUAACUACAUACAUAUAUAAACGAAUUGCAAAGAAAUUAUUGAAUAUGUAGCGCAACUUGGCUAUUUUCCCAACGUGAAUUCCAUUCACACUCUUGCGGUUUAGAACUUGUAAAUAAUUUUAUUCUCCUUUGAAAAUUUCACUGUCACCUUUAACUUAACCGACUCGAAAGUAAUAAUCAAAUAGUUGGAAGGUAAAUAUUAUUAAGAAAUCUAGCUGAUACCGCAUUAAAUGUUGCCGAAUCAAGUUGUCUAUUUAAUAUAUCGGCAUAUAGCGAACGAAUACGAGUAUUAUCGUUAUUAAUCUCGCGAAUUGAUGUACAGUUACAGAUUGUAAUCAAAUUCUACGAGUAGAAUUCAUGUACCUGUACGUAAUUAAGUAAUGCCAUAGUUGCUUAAAAAUAUUCUGUAUAAUAUUUAUUUGUACAAUAAAUGUACAAACUGACGUAACAAUAAAGCUAUUACUUAUUUCUAAACAACGA